GUUUUUCAACGUCGACUUGACGGAUCUGAGGAUUUCUACAGAACUUGGGAGGAAUACAAAAACGGAUUCGGAAACUUGACAGCGGAAUUCUGGUUUGGUAAUGAGAAGCUGUAUCAUUUACUGAGUCAGGGAUCAUAUGAGUUACGGAUGGACAUGGCUGAUUUCAACGGUCAAACACGUUAUGUGAAAUACAGUAAUGUGUCCAUAGGGAGCGAGGCUACAAAAUACCAGAUUUCCUUAUCUGGUUUCUCAGGAGACGUCGGCGAUUGUUUCACUUCAACAACCUAUAGCCAACCAAUACAAAACAUGAAGUUCACGACGAAGGACAGAGACAACGACGUUGAGAGAAACAAUAACUGUGCCGUCAUGUAUAACUCUGGGUGGUGGCACAAUGCAUGCCACUGCGCUAACCCCAACGGUCUCUAUCUGGCGGGAAACACCACGGUGUUCGGUAAAGGGAUAACGUAUUAUCCGUGGUUAACGCAUAACUAUUCUCUGAAGACAAUUCGACUUAUGGUUAGAAAAGUUGUGCAUUAAGAUACUGCAUUCCAAGACGGGCCUGAAGAGGGAAGUACAUGGAGUUGUUGAUUUCAAAGGAAAUGAUGUCAAUUUUUGUUAUUUGAUUUUCAAUGAACUAUUUUCCAACAACGGUAACAAUGAAA